UCCGAUUUCUUGAGAUAAGAUCAAAAGCUUAACUCAAGCGAUGUUGAAGUGGGACCAGACUCUUAAAUGUCUAACGUUUAAAGGAGAAUGCAAGUUAGCAGACACAUAAAAAAUUCACCCUUGUUUUCUCCAAAACAAUUCUUAUAUUUUUGGCUCUGUUUUCUCUCUGAGACUGUGACCAUCAAUUUGCCAUCAGCUUCACAGAGAGACGCCAUGGUUGCAGAGAAUGAUGAGAUGGCUAUUGGUAUUGGAUGGCCACUUGGGCUUGGCUUCUUCAAUAUGAGACUUAGAGUUGUGGAUUCUCUUCCAUCUGCUUAUUCAGUUGCACCAUACUCAUUGCACAUACCAUCCACCAGUUUCUCUUCAUUCUCAUCCUCUAAUCUAGAUACUGAGAGUUUCUUGUGUUGCAAGAAACAGUCGUCGGCUUCGUUCUUUCAAGACAAGAGUGUGUCUCUUGCUCAGCUAAUUGGAGCUACACAAGGAGAGAGAGAAAGCUUGUACUUGUCAAACUCAAUGAGGUUGGAAGAAGAGAGGCAGAAGAAACUGGCAAAGGGUUCUUACAAUGGCUCUGAAGAACAAAGUGUGGAGGAUAUGUGUAGAGGCAUUUGCAUUCCCAUAUUGCUUCAUACCCUUCAAAGAAUUAGCAAUAGGACUAAGAAGACUUCAAGGAACUAACACAUUACCAAAUAUAUCUACUUCUCUACCAUUUAAGACUACUACAAAUUUCUCAAUUCUGUAUUUCUGGUAUUUUCCCUAUUUUCUUAAUCAACAGUUCACUGAUGAUCUGAACCCAUUUCAUCACUAUUUUUUAGUUCAUACACCAUGGGAAAUAUAUAUAAUAAUAAAAUCGUCUACUUUU